AUGAACCCAGCUGACCUACGAACCUCCACCCGUUUGUCCUCAGAGUGCGGCACCAGGCCUCUCUUCAGCAGUCGUAUCGUCGGGGGAAACAUCUCCAAGCCGGGUCAGUUCCCCUGGCAGGUCAGCCUCCGCUUCCUGUCAAAACACCGGUGCGGAGGCUCCAUCAUCACAUCACGUUGGAUCCUCACCGCAGCACACUGCGUCUACAGGUAUACACUCCCUCUAUGGAAAGUCAUCGUGGGGACAGGCAACAGCACUCUUUGGGCGAAUCUUUGGGAGAACUCGUCUCUGGCUGUGGAGAAGAUCAUACACCACCACCUCUACAAUUCAAUCACUUUGGAUUACGACAUUGCGCUGAUAAAACUGAAGGAGUCACUUGUUUUCAGUGGCUCUGUGCAGCCCAUCUGUUUGCCCAACCAUGGGGAGGAGUUCGAGGCGGGCACCAUGUGCUGGAUCUCUGGAUGGGGAGCAACUGAGAUGGACGGUGCAGGUGAGGCCAGCAUCAUGCUGCGCUCUGCCAAGGUGCCGCUCAUCUCCACGGAGACCUGCAACCAUCCCUAUAUUUACAACGGAGACAUCUCCCCCUGGAUGAUCUGUGCAGGAUACCUGGAGGGAGGGACCGACACCUGCUAUGGCGACAGUGGAGGUCCUCUGGGCUGCGAGGACUCGUCGGUGUGGAAGCUGGUCGGAGCAACGAGCUGGACGAUCGGCUGCGCUUUAAAAUACAGACCGGGCGUUUACGCUCGCGUCACGGCGGCGCUCAGCUGGAUCCACCAACAGAUGGAGGUCAGUCCGAGCUAAACCUCGGAGGACGAGUACUGAACCUGAGCGAAACCUGCACGUGAUGUUAAACCAUGAUGAUGGACUACUUAAUGAUGGCUGAAUUCCAUUUAGCUGCCUCAGUUUCAAGGUUUUCAGUUUGACAAAAACUUCAUGAGCCUGAGAAGUUCAACAGAAUUCAUGAAAUACCUGAAAACCUUCUUCU